AUGCCAUUCUACCGCCGCACCAUCGUCGUCGACGACGACGCCGUCACCAGCGCCGUGCGCCUGACAGUGCGCCAGUCCAUGGUUCCCAACCUGCUGGUGGCCAUCCUCUUUUUCCUCUGGGGCUUCGCCUACGGCCUGCUCGACGUGCUCAACCAGCACUUCCAGUCAACGCUGCACAUCAGCUCCAGCAUGGCGUCGGGCCUCUCGUCAGCCUACUUUGGCGCCUACUUUGUGUGUCCGCCGACCGUGUCAGGCUGGAUCUUGCGUCGCUACGGCUUCCGCGUGACCUUUAUGACCGGUCUGGCCGUUCUGGCCGUCGGCUGUCUGCUCUUCUGGCCGUCUGGCGUCAAGGCUUCCUUUGGCGGUUUCUGUGGCAGCAUGUUUGUCGUCGGUGCCGGUCUGUCAACGCUCGAGACCGCCGCAGAUCCCUUCCUGUCCAUCUGCGGACCGCCACGCUACUCCGAGAUCCGCCUGAACUUGGCCCAAGCCGUUCAGGGCGUCGGGUCGUUUGUCGCCCCUCUGCUCGCCUCGCGCGUCUUCUUCGCCCACACUGUCGACACCAAACAGGGCCUCAAGAACGUCCAGUGGGUAUACCUGGGCGUGGCCUGCUUUGUCGGCCUGCUGAUCAUCCUCUUCUUCCUGGCCCCCAUGCCCGAGAUCACCGACGCCGACAUGGGCACGCAGGAAGGCGAAAUCGGCGACGUCGAUCCCGGUCCGCUGAAGAAGCAGUACAACCUCUUCUUAGCCAUCUGGUCGCAGUUCUGCUAUGUUGGAGCCCAGGUGGCCGUGGCAAACUACUUUAUCCAGUUCUGCGAAGAUGCCGGUCGUGACAGCUCCUCUGGAUCCGAUCUUCUUGCUGUUGGCCAGGGCGUCUAUGCUUUCAACCGUUUCGUCACCGGCUUCCUGCUCAUGGUGCCGGCCGUCAAGCCUCGUUACAUCCUAGCCAUUUACCUGGCCCUCUGCUUCGUUUUUAUUGUUGCUGCCAUGAACACUGCCGGCAACACUUCCAUCGCCAUGCUCAUCCUCGUCCUCUUCUUCGAGUCCGCCUGCUUCGCCACUAUCUUCACUCUCGGUCUUCGCGGUCUUGGCCGUCACACCAAAAUCGGAGGCUCGUUGCUGGUGGCUGCCAUUUCUGGUGGCAUGGUCUUCCCAGCCAUGACUGGUGCCGUCAUCGACCGUCGCAAUCCCCAUGUCGCCAUGGCCAUCCCCAUGAUGGGUUACAUCCUGGCGUUUGUCUACCCUGUAUACGUCAACAUCUUCAAGCGCGACUUGAUGGACAGCCACCGCGCCACUGACUAUGCCGUGAAGCCGAUUGAAGUCUCUGACAAGCAGCUGCAGCUCGAGGCGCAGACAUCCAACGUUGAAAAUGCAGUCGCCACCGAGCUGGGCGACAUGAAGUGA